GUGGUAGGGAAGAAGUGAAGGCAUUUUUUCCCUCUCUUUUUAGGUCCCUAAACGCACAGCACACUAUGAAGAGUAGUAGUAAGAAAGAAUGAUGAGUCCGUUCCAUUUCGAAAUUCCAAAACCCAACCCUACAAUUGCAUUGCUACCUCUUCUCGACAACAAGCACAAAAUCAGCACCUUCAAUCCAUGUUGGCCGUACGAGUGUGAUUUGCAUGGAGUUGAACUUGAACCAAGCUGGCAAGAGCAAUUUUCCAACUUCUUUUAAGCGGGCUCCAUUUUAUCCUGUGGUUUUUUGAAUAGGUGGUCAAGGUUUCCACAUCUCAAGCAAAAGGAAAUAUGACGGUGAAUUUACCUGGGAUAGAAGAAGCUGCCAAGCCAACAGAUUUACCUCCAUCACCUCCUGAUGUGAUGCCUAAUAUAGAAACAGAACAAAUAGCUCGCUCUUCCUAUUCUAUUAUCAGUAGGCCUAGUGUUGGGACCACAGGAAAACGCAUACCUUUGCUUGUAAAUCUCUUCAAAGUUGCCGCUGAUGCUACAGAUGCAACCUUUUUCCAGUAUAGUGUUACUAUCACUUCGGAAGAUAAAAGUGCCGUAGAAAGCAAGGGCAUUGGGAGAAAACUGAUUGAUAGGCUUCACCCAACAUAUUCUUCUGAACUUGGUGGAAAAAGCUUAGCGUAUGAUGGAGCAGGAACUUUGUACACAGUGGGUCCUCUUCCACAUAAUAAAUUUGAGUUUAAAUUAUUACUUGAGCAAUCAUUUGCAAAGUGCAGUAGUACUGAGAGUCCUGGUGCUAAUGGAAGCCCUCCUGAGGAAAAUAAAAGGUCAAAACGUUCUUUUCAGUCAAAGACAUUCACGGUGGAGAUAAGUUAUGCUGCCAAAAUACCCUUGGAGUCCAUUGCUGAGUCACAUGCUAAUUCUCAGGAUGCAUUGAGGGUGCUUGAUGUUGUGCUGAGGCAGCGGGCAGCUAACAGAGGGUGUCUCUUGGUAAGGCAAUCUUUUUUUCAUGAUGACUCAAGGAAUUUCAUCGAUGUUGGAGGUGGAGUAACAGGAGUUCGGGGUUUUCAUUCCAGUUUUCGUCUUACACAGGGAGGAUUGUCUCUUAAUAUGGAUGUAUCCACAACAAUGAUCGUAAAACCUGGACCUGUAAUUGAUUUUCUCCUAUCCAACCAGAAUGUGAAGGAGCCUCGUUAUAUUGACUGGGCAAAGGCGAAAAGAAUGCUUAAAAAUUUAAGGAUACGUGCUAGUCAUCGCAAUCAAGAAUUUAAAAUUUCUGGCUUGAGUGAGAAACCCUGCAUUCAACAACUUUUUAGUAUGAAGUUAAAAAAUGGAGAAAACAAUAAUGGGGAGCAGACAGUGGAUGUUACUGUAUAUGAGUAUUUUUCUGAACACCGCGGCAUUGAGCUGAUCUCUUCUGCUUACCUUCCGUGUCUUGAUGUUGGGAAGCCAAAUCGGCCCAUCUUUUUUCCCCUGGAGCUAUGUUCACUUGUUCCCCUCCAGCGGUAUACAAAGGCAUUAUCACCUGUCCAAAGAACAUCUUUAGUAGAAAAAUCACGCCAGAAGCCUCAUGAAAGAAUCAAAAUUCUGACAAAUGCUAUAGGAAAUUCUUGCUACGAUGAUGAUGCUGUUCUUGCGGCAUGUGGCAUUUCUGUCGACAAGCAAUUUACUCCAGUUGAAGGUCGAGUUCUUGAGACGCCAAAGUUGAAGGUAGGUAAGAAUGAGGACUGCUUCCCCAAUAAUGGAAGGUGGAACUUUAAUAAGAAGACACUUCUACGACCAUCACAUAUUGAUUAUUGGGCUGUUGUCAACUUUUCGGCACGUUGUGAUACUAGUUACUUAACAAGAGAGCUGAUCAAAUGUGGAAUGAGCAAGGGAAUUAAUAUUGAACGGCCAUAUUCUUUAAUAGAGGAAGAAGCACUAAUGAGAAAAUCUAACCCUGUUGCAAGGGUUGAAAAGAUGUUUGACCUGCUGUCAUCAAAACUUACUAAAGAACCCGACUUGAUUCUUUGUGUCUUGCCAGAGAGGAAAAACUGUGACAUCUAUGGGCCUUGGAAAAAGAAGUGCCUGAGUGAAGUUGGUGUUGUCACACAGUGCAUUUCCCCUCUCAAGAUCACUGAUCAAUACCUUACUAAUGUACUUCUUAAAAUCAAUUCUAAGCUUGGAGGAAUAAAUUCUUUGCUGGCACUAGAGCAUUCUGGGCAUCUUCCCUUGAUUAAAGAUACCCCAACAAUGAUUUUAGGGAUGGAUGUCUCUCAUGGUUCCCCUGGCCAAUCAGAUAUUCCAUCAAUAGCAGCUGUUGUUGGAUCUCGAUGUUGGCCUCUAAUUUCAAGGUAUAGAGCAUCUGUGAGAACACAGUCACCUAAGGCAGAGAUGAUUGAUGCUCUAUUCAAACCUUUGGAUAAUGGGAAUGAUGAUGGCAUUAUCAGGGAAUUGCUUCUAGAUUUCUAUAGUUCAAGUAAUGGAUGCAAACCAACUCAAAUUAUUCUCUUCAGGGAUGGAGUUGGUGAAUCACAAUUUAAUCAGGUUUUGAAUAUGGAGCUUAACCAGAUAAUAAAGGCCUAUGAACAUCUUGAGGAGGUUGAUGUUCCCAAGUUCACUGUAAUUGUGGCACAGAAGAAUCACCAUACAAAGCUGUUUCAAGCUAAUGCUCAGGAAAAUGUUCCUCCUGGGACCGUCGUCGACACAAAAAUCGUGCAUCCAAGAAAUUACGAUUUCUACAUGUGUACUCACGCUGGAAUGAUUGGAACAUCUAGGCCUGUACACUAUCACGUGUUGCUUGACGAAAUUGGAUUCUCACCAGAUGGCUUGCAAAAUUUGAUCAAUUCGCUGUGUUACGUGAACCAAAGGAGCACAAAUGCAACCUCAAUUGUGGCACCUAUAUGCUAUGCCCACCACGCUGCAGCUCAAAUGGGACAGUUUCUGAAUUUUGAUGAUUUAUCAGAAGUAUCUUCAACUCCUGAUUCAGAGGGAAACGUCCCCAUUCUAGAGCUUCCAAGAUUGCAUAAAAAUGUCAAGACCUCCAUGUUCUUCUGUUGAGAAUGAAAAGUAAAUACAAUUUUGAUUGACCAGUAAAAGUGUGUAAAUAUAUGUGGGAUGUACAGUUAACCUAGAUGGCAAAGACGUACCCCAAAUUUUGUUUAAGAAAUCUCAGUUAGGUUGUGGGAAAUAUUGUUAUUACCAUGACAUCAAUCAUGGUAAUAUUGUGUUUCACAUACUUCUAGCUUUUGUGCAUACAUUACUUGUUUUGAAUCAGCUGUUUCCUCUACCCAUCUUGUGCUAAUGCCUCGCUGAUAUGCAAACUUGCUCUAGUGGUUUGGAUCA